AUUGGACAAGCAGCGCUUUGCAGAAACGUUGGAACUCCCCGCCGUUACUGGGUCAGCGCAUUUUGUCGCAGCAUUUAAAGCAAGCUCUGCUGCUCUCCUCCCUUCCUUUCUCGUCGACAUGUUCUUGGGAGGUUUCCCAAAGGGGAGAAAAUAGGGUCUCCGGGAGGGCGCAGACUCGUCCAGGUGCUGCAACGCAUUUCUGCAUAAAUUAUAGGGCGCUUGCACAAGCAAGCGUGCAUUGCAGCCUGAUCUUGGGAAUGCAAACACGGGUAGGACUCAUCCUUGAAGAGAGUCCGAUCAAGAUCUCUGUUCGGAGUGAUGUUGGCUAGAAGAGGUCCAAGAGUGAAGAAGGGGAUAUUCCGAAGUAGUGCUGCUUGUAAAGGAGAAAAGACUGUUGCUCUGUGCAGGUGCCUCGCUCUCCUUGUCCACCGGCCAUCGCGGGGUGAGCCGGUGCUCACAAGGCCGUCCAAUCGGCCCCAGGGUGGCAUUGUGCCGGGCAAAAGAGCCAGGAUUGCUCAUUACAUGUCCAGGAGCUCCAGUUUUGCCCAUCACCAUAGGAUAUGGCCAAGGCAGUUCUAAUUGAUCUAUGCCACCUGGAAAUCAGUUCUUGGAAUACUCAGACCCAGGAAUCAAUUAGCAAGAUCCUAGAAACUGUUGGAGAGAAGACUGCUUUCCAAGCUCCAUCGGUUUACCUCAUGUGUUGCCAAACGCCCGGAAGUGAAAGGAACGGCACAGAUGGACUUCCAGAGGCGGCACAAGGCUUCCAUUGUCCAGAGAAAGGAUUCACAGUUGUCUGUUGCAAGACGACGGCUGCCGUUUUGUACACCGUUAAGCAAAAGCUCGAUGAAAAAGACAUAAAUACUGUCGAAAUAAUCUUGCCAGUGCAGAGGAAACCCUUAUUGAGGGAGUAUAUUAACCAGCUUUUCACUAAGGUUUAUCAGUUUGAAUUUAAAGAUUUGCAGUUGAAUGGUGGUGACAACGACCUCUGGGAGCCCUGCACAUCUCAGGGGGAAUUGGUGCCGCUCACAGACCAAGAUGUGGAAAGCAUCCGAAGUGAAAUCGGGUUCUUUUUGGGAAGUCUUCCGGGUCUGAAGGGAAACCUCACCAUUCUCAAAUCUUCGCUGAUCCCAGAUCACGUCUUCCUCCAUGGAUUCACAACCAGGACUGGUGGCAUCUCGUACAUACCGACCCUGAGCUCCUGCAACCUCUUCAGCAGCUCCAAGCGGCGCGACCCGCCUGCUGUGGUCAAGGAAAACCUCCGUCGCCUGGCGGCAGUGGCGGGGCUCGAUGCAGACGCGUAUCACAGCGUAAGGGUCAACCACGCCAGUGAUGUCUGGGUCAUGGGAAAGGCCAAACCAGACAGCUACGACGGGAUAAUCACAAACCAGAAACGUGUUACCAUCGCGGCUCCUGGGGCUGAUUGCAUUCCUGUGCUUUUCGCGGAUCCUGUCCUAAAAGCUUGUGGCGCGGCCCAUUCGGGCUGGCAGGGCACCCUGCGGGGCGUGUCGACGGCCGUCGUGCGGGCCAUGAGGACCGAGUACGGCUGCAAGGCGGAGGACAUCCUCGUGCUCCUGGGCCCCUCGGUGGGGCCGUGCUGCUUCCGGCUGCCCCGGGAAUCGGCAGAGGAAUUUUACCGAAUCGACCCAAAGUGCGUGCGGCUUUACGAAUCGUCCAGCCCUUACGUCGAUAUUAGGAGAGCCACACGGGUUCUUCUGGAGGCCGAGGGUGUUUUACCGCAGAACAUUCAGGAUGAUUCUGUAACAGACCAGAAGCAAAACCUCACUCUCUGUACAUCGUGCUGCCCCGAUCGGUUCUACUCCCACGUUCGGGACGGUGAGAACUUCGGCACGCAGAUUGGCUUCAUCUCCAUUAAGGACUGAGCGUCGCCGUGCCGGAGUCAUGCGGCUCUGGUGCUUCCUGUGCUGGGCCUUUUCGCCACUUGGGACUUGCUUCUGUCCAAGUCCCCUUGGAAGGGCUCUUGCCCUGGAAGUUAGUUGGUUUAGACAUUUUUGAAAUAAACGGACAACCUGCCAGAACUGCCGAGUGUCAGACUGGACUUUUCCUGAGGGUGCUUCUCCCCAGCCAAAUCUCCACUGCUGAGUCUCGCGACCGACACUCUUACGGAAAGGCGCAGUACGCAGGGGACGGGCCCCCCGUCUCACCUUGAGGGCCCUGCGGCCGCCCUUGCGCAUGCAGAGAUCCCGGUGCAGAGCUGUCGGACUGGAGAGCCAGGAGCAGAGGCGUCUUGUCCCCGCGCCCAGGGUGGCUUUGGCCCCCUCACGCUUGUUGGCCCCAUCUCCCAAAGGGCUGCUGUUGUGAGGAUGAAAGGGCUGUGGGAGCCACCUUGCGUUGCUCACUAGAGGAAAAAAAGAGAUAAAUGCAUAAUCAUCAUAAUACUGCUACUACACUGGCAGUGAUUUUGUCCGUUGGGUCAGGAUACAGUCGCUCUGAGCCAACCCUCGAUUUAGAGAGCAAACCCCCGGAUACGUGGCGGUGUGGGCCACUGCCAAGAUUAGUCCAGAAAAGUGCUGCUUACACCACAUCCCCGCUUUCCCCGCACUUGUAAAUAAAAUACAGUGAGACCGGGCCGUCA